AUAGACAGAUGUACAAUAGAAUCAAACACUACAAAAUCUCAUAACAACUCCAGCUGAAUAAUCAAACACUGAUAAGUAAUUAGACAGGCGCGGAACAUAGUUUGUUUUCGUGUCAUUUUGAAGUAGUUUGUAUUGUCCAGUCUCUCGUGUUUAUACUUUGUUUUGUAAUGUAACUGUUGUUGGGAUUUGGUGUGAGUUAAUAUAAUGUAGUGGAUUCUAAUUUUACCAUUUUUGGAAAUGGAAACACCCCCUGUCAAUUCAAAGAGGACUCUAGUGAACAGUUUGAGCAAAUCAUCUCUGACCCCUUGCAGGCGGUUGGGACUAUGCCGACCAUCAUCAGGCAGCUUAAAAAAGUCUCUUCACUUGAGGACUUUGGACUCUGUGCCAAAUGAAUCAACAGUGAAGAAAAAACUUGAAGACGUUCUAAUAUCUAGUGACAAAAGCCCAGCUUUAGAUGGUGAGGAUAGACUAAAAACUCCUUUAAAGUCCAUUGAUGUUUUGAGUAAAACAGCAAACCCCAAAAUAAGACGCUGUUUAAGUAUUGGAUCGAAAACACCUCUGUCCAAAGCUCCAGUCUUAUCACCAUCAAAUGGAGCUUCAAACAACUGUGAUAAUUUCAAUAAUUCUAAGUAUGAUUUUAAGAAAAAUAUGAACUGCCCUAAUGAAUAUACCUGUGAUGACUCUAAAAGGAUUAAAGUUGACAAUUCUUUAAUUGGUCAUGAAGAAAGUGAGGGAAGUAACCAGUCUAAAAGAAGUGUAAUAAAUUGUAAUUCUAUAGUCGAUGCUGGAGUAGAAGAAACUAAGGAAAUAAGUUGUGAAAUGUUUCAAAAACUAAUAUAUUCUAUAAAAGAGAAGAAGAAAAAGCUUGAACUUCUCAAAGUCCAGGAGACUUAUGCUAGAAAGCAUAACUUGGAAGAUUUACGGGCUCAGACAAUGAAAUGGAGGACAGCAGGUCAAGAUGCUCUCCGUUACUCUCUGAGUCUUGCAAGGGAUGCUGGGUACCCUGUCACGUUGGCGGAUCUCAUGACGCAACACGCCUUUCCUCCACACUUGAUGGGCUACAGUGCCGAGGAUGAUGAGUUCAGCUAAUUGGUCAUACUCAGAAAGGUGUUAGAGUACGAGUGAGUUUAAACUAUUUAGGUACGACGAAAUGAGUUGUAUUCUUCUUUUAACUUCACACCACAUUGUCAGUUCUUUAGAGAUAGCGAGGUAAAAUACAAAUAUUCAAUUUUCCUACUGUUUUUAUGUUCUAGUCAGAAGUGAUAUAUGAUGAAUUGUAUAUUUCGGAGUGUUUGUUAAUUUUGAUUUCAGAAAUUGUAUAACAGUAGUUACCAGUAAUUGGCUUUAAUAUAAAAACUGAAUGAUGGUUUAAGACAUGUUGACAUGCAUCUAGUUCAUCACAACCUCAUUAAUAAAUAAACUGUUUAUUGAUACUGCAGAAAAGCAAACAAUUUUAUUAAAAAAUUAUUAGUUUUGUAUUGAUUUCAACAGAUUUGUUGUGCCCUCUUUGAGAGUGCAUUAGGCUAUUCAUUUUUGAGAUUCAUAAUUUAGACUCACAUUGUUUUAAGAAUAUAUUUAUUGAAAAGUAGAAA